AUGGACCCUGCUGGGACAGGGACCCCGAGCGUCUCUGCAGGACGUGGCCCCGAGGCGGCCGGUGGCACCGCUGCUGUGCCAGCUGUCCCCAGGAGCCACGAGAGCCGCUGCGCCCCGAGCCCUCGGCAGCGUCUGGCGGCGGUGGGGCCGCGUCCCCCCCGCGUCCCCUCGCGCGGGGACCCCGCUGUCCCCGCCCCGCCGUCCCCCGGCCCCGCGCCGGCUGUGCCGGAGCCCGGGGGAGCCGCCGCCGCUCGGCCCCGCAAGCUGCGCCCGGCUCGGGCUGAGGGCGGGGGGCUCUCCGGGGGCCCCCGCAGCUGCAGCCGGGCCGGGGGGGCCCUGCGGGGCCGGGAACGGGCGGGGGGCGAGGGGGAGACCUCUUGGCUGCUCCGAGCGCUCGGCGUCCCCGCGGGCGGCGACACCGGGGUGCCCCGGGGGCACGGGGGGCUCCCGGCCACGAGCGGCAGCGCGGGGGCAACGGACGCGACCCCUCCGUGGGUGCCCAGCGGUGAGGGCCGGCUGCGGGCAGCGGUGCCGGCACCCCCGGGACCCCCUGGGCAUCCCUGGCACCCCCGGGCAUCUCCGGACCCCUCGGCAUCCCCGGCACCCAGGCAUCCCCUGCCCCCCUCGGCAUCCCCGGACCCCCAGGGCAUCCCCGCACCUCCAUGGCAUCCCGGACCCCCUGGGCAUCCCCGCACCCCCUCGGCAUCCUGGACCCCUGGCAUCCCGGGACCCCCUGGGCAUCCCUGGCACCCCCGGCAUCUCCGGGACCCCUCGGCAUCCCCGGCACCCCCAGGGCAUCUCCGGGACCCCUUGGGCAUCCCCGGGACCCCCAGGGCAUCCCCGGCACCUCCAGGGCAUCCCCGGGACCCCCAGGGCAUCCCCGGCACCCCCUCGGCAUCCCCGGGACCCCUUGGGCAUCCCCAGGACCCCUUUGGCAUCCCUGGCACCCCCUGGGCAUCCCCGGAUUCACCGUGGUGA